GAGGGAAAGAAAAAAAAAAAAAUUAAAAGGAAAGAGAGAGAAAGCGAGAUAGUGACAGACAGAGGGAAGAAAGAACGAGGGUCUGUGUUUUUUUGGGUACUUUUUGAAGUUGCAGGUUUUGGAGCAUCGUGUCGGGGUGGUUUUCAUUUUGGAGGGAUUUUUUCACCUUAUUUUUAUUUUUUAUUUUUUCUUUUGGUUUGAUUAUUUUAUAUAGGGAAAUAAUUAUUAUUUUAAUAUUAUAAUUUAUUUUAAAUUGUUAUUACUUUCCUGAGUUAUAGACAGAGAGAGAAGAUUGAAGGUGUCUGUGUGAGAUCCCUGUAGGGUGUAUAUAUAUAUAAAACACACACGCAUAUAUUUGUGUAUAUAUAUGCACUGUUGCUUUGUAACAACAACAUAUUCACAAAGCCUUUUUUCUUUGAGAGAGAACCUGAAAUUUUGGUGUAGUAGAUCACGAAUCAUCAGGAACUGCAAUGGCUUUUAUUUCGGAGGUCAACAUGAGCUUCUCUCACUACAUGGAUGAUGAAUAUGAGAAACUCUUUCGAAGAAUGAACCCUCCCAGGGUUGUAAUCGAUAAUGAAGCCUGCAAGAAUGCCACUGUUAUACGGGUUGAUAGUGCAAAUAAGCAUGGAAUACUUCUUGAAGUUGUACAAAUCCUCACUGAUCUAAAUCUCAUCAUAACUAAGGCUUACAUAUCUUCGGAUGGUGGAUGGUUCAUGGAUGUUUUUAAUGUCACUGACCAAGAUGGAAACAAGGUUACAGAUGAAGCAAUUUUGGAUUACAUUCGAAAGUCUCUUGGUCCCGAAUCUUGUAUUACAUCUCCUAUGAGAUCUGUUGGGGUCAAGCAAACAAUGGACAACACUGCAAUAGAGCUUAUGGGAAGUGAUAGGCCAGGAUUGCUUUCGGAAGUGAGUGCUGUUCUAGCCAACCUCAAGUGCAAUAUAGUGAAUGCAGAGGUAUGGACUCACAACACCCGUGCAGCAGCUGUAAUGCAGGUAAAUGAUGAAGAGACUGGGUCUGCAAUAACUGACCCGCAAAGGCUCUCUCUAAUUAAGGAGCUUCUAUGCAAUGUGCUUGGUGGUGGCAACAAGAAGAGGGGAGCUAAGACUGUUGUCACUGAUGAAGCCACUCAUACUGAGAGAAGGCUUCACCAGAUGAUGUUUGCUGAUAGGGAUUAUGAAAGAGUUGAUGAUGAUGACUUUGAUGAGAAGCAAAGACCAAAUGUGAAUGUUGUGAAUUGGUCUGACAAAGAUUACUCUGUAGUUACUAUCCAAUCUAAGGAUAGGCCAAAGCUUCUCUUCGACACGGUUUGUACUUUGACAGACAUGCAGUAUGUGGUUUUUCACGCAAAUAUCGAUGCUGAGGGGCCACAAGCAUAUCAGGAAUAUUACAUCAAGCAUAUAGAUGGGUCCCCAGUAAAAUCAGAUGCAGAAAGACAACGAGUGAUACAAUGUCUUGAAGCUGCAAUUGAGAGAAGAGUUUCUGAGGGUUUGAAACUUGAACUCUGCACCACCGACAGAGUGGGACUACUAUCUGAUGUCACACGAAUCUUCAGAGAGAACAGCCUCACAGUUACCAGGGCAGAAGUGACAACCAAAGGAGGCAAAGCUGUUAACACCUUCUAUGUUCGUGGAGCUUCUGGUUGCCUUGUUGAUUCCAAGACCAUAGAAUCCAUUCGGCAAGCAAUUGGCAACACCAUACUUAAAGUAAAGGGUAGCCCUGAAGAGUUAAAAAAUGUUCCACAGGAUUCUCCUACCAGAUCCAUCUUUAGUGGUCUUUUCAAGUCCAGAUCAUUUGUGAACUUUGGCUUGGUUAAGUCUUAUUCUUGAGAAAGCCAUUAUUAUUAUCAUACGCUUUCCUUUUAUUGAUUGUACAGUAAAUAGAGCUGGAGGUGCAAAAAGCUUACUAGAGAGGAUGUGUGACUUUUAGUUUAGGGAGUAGGAACACUAGCAUAUCUAAAAAGCUUGAACCGUAGGCAAAGUUGCUUGUAAAUUCUCAAUCCUUCUUGCUUUGGCUUAGAUUGUCACUAUGGAUCCAUUCACACUAGAUGGAGUGAUGAAAGCAAAGAGAACCUUGAAACAAUUAGUUUCAAGCGACAUCAUUUGU